GGAGCAGCAUCUCAUAGCAGAGGGAGAUCUGCCGCAUCAGAGGUGAGAGCGGGUGGCCCUGGGGGCUGGGCUGGAUGGGGGCAAGAAAGCUGACCUUCUCACCAACUCAGAGACACCACGUCAGAGAGGCCCACUGCCAUCCUCUUUGUCCAUGGACUGGUGCCACCGCAGGGGUGAAGGAUGCUGCUCUGGGUGGUCUUCCUCGUGACCCUCACCCUCAGCAGCGGCUCCCACGGUUCCCCACCCUCCCAGCCCCUCAGGAUGCCGCGGUACGCAGAUGCCAUCUUCACCAAUAGCUACCGGAAGGUGCUGGGCCAGCUGUCUGCCCUCAGGCUGCUCCAGGGCAUCAUGAGCAAACAGCAGGGAGAGAGAAACCAGGAGCAAGGAGCAAGGGUACGGGCUGGCCGUCAGGUGGACGGUGUGUGGGCAGACCAAAAGCAGAUGGUAUUGGAGAGCACCCUGUGGCCCUGCUGCAGCAGCACAGGAAUUCCCAAGGGUGAAGAUUCUGCCUGUGUUCUCUGCUAGCUGCAACUGAGACACCACUGCAUCCAGUUAAUCCUGCUUAAUUUCUGACCUACUUUUCCUUAAGAAAUACAAUAAAAUUCCCCCAUACUGGUCUGCA